CGGGUUCAUCCGGGGCGCAUAACAGGCCUCCCGACGUUGACGCGCAUGAAGCGGUCGGUGAGACAAAACGAGUUAACCCAAUGUGAUUCCGGUAACUGCCGUUCAGUUGACAACAGCAAGUGGAAAGGGACAACAUUGUAAUCAUGACUAAGCUUUGAAAGCCACUGUGGACCGAGUGAGACCUUGUCUUUAAUCCCCCAACACACCCAUGUGUAUCAUCUUCUUCAAGUUUGACCCUCGGCCUGCAUCCAAAAAUGCCUACAGGCUAAUUUUGGCUGCAAACAGAGAUGAGUUCUACCAGAGGCCGUCCAAAGCUGCAGACUUCUGGGCGACCAACAGCGAGAUCCUCAGCGGCUUGGACUUGGAAUGUGGCAAGGAAGGGGGAUCAUGGCUAGGGAUCAGCAAGAGGGGCAAAUUGGCUGCAAUCACCAAUUACCUGGAGGGACGGACCAACCCUGAUUCACAAGGAAGAGGAUUCCUUGUGUCUAACUACCUUGUGGACAAGGAUCUGGACAGCUACUCCUACCUGAAAAAGGUGUCAUCAGAAGGCCACCUAUACAACGGCUUCAACCUCAUCACAGCAGAGUUCAAAGCCAAAGAAGACAUUGUGUGUUACUAUGGAAACAGAGGCAGCCCUGAGCCUGUUCGUCUAAAACCAGCAGGGAUCUACGGCUUGAGUAAUUCACUGCUGGAGACUCCAUGGAGGAAACUGCAGCAUGGCAAGCGCCAGUUCACCAGCGUGGUCAACAACCAAUCCCUGUCCUGCAACGGCCUGGUGCAAGAGCUGCUCAACGUCCUCAACAACGAUGAGCUGAACACACCUGACCUAGCCCAGGAGAGCCAGGGCGAGGGAUACACCAAGUCCAUGCUGCAGGCCUUGUCAGCAGUGUUUGUUCGCAGUCCUCAUUAUGGUACAAGGACCAAUACCAUUAUCCUGAUCGACGCAGCAGGAAACGUGACCUUCACUGAGCGCACCAUGCUCAACAGUGACACCAGCCACUGGAGCACCAGCUCCUUCCAAUUCAAACUGGAGGAGUGAAGACGAGAUCAAGGAAACCCACUCUGUGCCUUUCUGCAACAGCUCUCCCUCCACUGGACCGUCCUCUCACGCCGUCAGACACUUCAACUCAGCCAUGCGAACAUCCAGAGCAACCUGUCAUUUAAACUGUGAUAUAAUGAGUUAUAUAUAAUGGGGUGAUAUAAUGGCACUUUGAGAGAAAAGAGAGAUUAAUUGCACUUUUCUUGCUAUUCUGCUAUGAUAUGUCAUAUGUACUUAUGACCACAUGACUUGAUGAAAUUAUUUGUGGUUAUUUUAACUGAAUCAAUGGUUUGAAGGAUAUUUUAUUCUUAUUAUUGGUUUUGGGGGAAAAUUCAUCACAUUGAUAAUAUGUGAGCUGAUUAAAACGUUUGCCAAAGAACAACCAUGACUUUGUAGACGUAAGUGUUUUACGCUCAUGUGACAGUAUAGCAGGGUUGGGUUACUGUUAGAAUUCAUGAAUUCAUUCAUUAGAAUUCAGAUCCACAAAUUACUUCAUGUUAGUGUGAGAUAAAUUUGCCUCUAAAAUCCAUGAUAUAUAGUGACAUUUACACUUUGUUCCUACAAUAUAGAGGCUGCUAUAUCAAUAGUAACAUAUUUAUCCACAUCCAUCAUGGAUCUGUCAUUUUAAGAUGUGUAACAAUUACAAUACCAUGUCCUAUUUGAACACAUUAGCCUUAGAACAUGGUGAUUAUCCUGUUACCACCAUUUUUUCUAAGCAAAGCGUAAUUUGAUUUCUGUGUUCACAUUAACUCUAAUCGAUUACAGUUGCCAACUAUUUUUUUUUAAAACUUGAUAAGUGUAACCCUGUUGCAUGUAAUCAGCUAUUCCCCCAACCCUGCACAACAGUGGAAUCUGGUUUGCUAAGGAAGACGUGAGAGAAGUGAAUGUUGAAUUCAAGUUGUUUCUGGCAGUGUAGCACUGUAGCUCUUUCCACUUCCAAGGUAGGAUGAAUGUGUGUUAGAACUGCUUGCCUGCAUAAAAACAUCAUCUUAUCACAGCACUGGGAUUUGGCUUGUUGGCAGCUAAUGUUUGCAGCCAAUCUCAACACUGGACACCAAGAAAAGCUUUGAGAAGAACAAAGCACUCUCAAUUACCACCUCCCAUCAUGCCGUGUUCAUGCGCUUUAUCUGAUGGUUUCUGCAUUUUUUUCCACAUCAAGGAGGCAGUUCUGCCUUGCUUUAAACUGGAUGCAUUUUACUACUGCUUCCUGCGUUUUUUUCUUAACACCGCUUCUGAAUAUUUCAGAAACCUUGUGCAUUAAGGUGCUGAGUAGUAGAGCCUGUCAGUAGUAAAAGAAAUGGCAAAAGAAUGGUAGCCACACUCAGUCUCAAUAAAGCUUUUGUUAAGAAAUGGUGGUUGUCAAUAAACUCAAACUACAGGGAA